UAUUGUCGAUGGUUGUGGCAUUACAGACCUGGUUAUAGAUCGCCGGAAAUUUAGUGGACGUCAAAUAGCAGUCCAUGAUAGAACUCCAUGUCAUGCGGACCAUGCAGAUGAUGGGCUCGCACGUCAUGCCACAGCAGCUGUUGGACUUCUCAAAGCUGUAUAUCCCCCUCGAGUUGGAGAAGAAGAUUCAUUUCCUCAUUCGUCAUCCUGUUCGUCUUCUGAAGAUGGCAAUCACGUUGCAAGCUCUUCCACGAAUCCAUAUGCUCUUAAAUUAAAUCAGCCUGCUAGAAUAGUUAAAGAUGUAGUUGUAUUUGAUCCGCGUCAUUACGCUGAUUUGAUUGAACGGUUAAGGCUAGAUAUUAUGGAGCCACCAACAAAUCAGUGUGGUUCAUUUUGGGCGGACGAUGGUGAACUGAAUCAACUGCAUUCAGAAGGCUUUCGUUAUGUCCGUUUACCUCUUCGUGAUAAUGAUAUCUAUUUUAUUCCACGCAAUGUUGUACAUCAAUUCAAGUCUGUUUCAGCUGUGGCUAGUAUAGCAUGGCAUGUUCGUUUAAAAAAUUAUUAUGAUCAAUCAGAACGUGACGACACAACUGUCUCGUCUGGAAAUAAUGAGUUUAGUGUAACUAAUCAGCAUCAGCCACAACAACAGGAGCGACCUCAGCAGUUGUGUAAUCCCGAAGAGUCAGUAUCUGAGUUAGCAGUUCCCAGUGUUAUAAAAAGUUAA